ACAGUAAUCUAUUUUAGGCUAACGUUGACGUUAGUUGACAUUGGCCAGUUUUGUCUGGAGGACAACAAGGAGGCAGCUUUUAAUUCCCUAUGUUGUUAGGGACACUGCCGUGGGAGGCUAAGUAAAGAGGCAUUUAUCUUGUUAAAGCAGACAGUGAUUCUGCUUCAGACACGGACUGGCAGGCGGACUUGUUAAGGCCAGACUUUACACUGCUGCCAACUUUGGUUUCUGACGUUAGCUAGUUAGCUAGCUGCACUGCUAACCCACACAAGCAAGAAAAUAAGUUGUCACUAUCUCAGCAUCUCCACUCACGAUGCGUGAAUCCACUGGUCUGAUACUCCACAAAGGCAGAAUCCAGUAAGCCACUUCUGGGAAGGACUUGAGUCACAGAUCCUGCAAGAGUAGAGCAACAGUGAUCUGGACCAGAGCCACAGCAGGGAUGAAUCUGUCUGAUGAGUCCUCCUACCAAGCGGAUGCGCUGCUGGGUAACUUCACCAGGGCUUACUCCUACUUUCACCUGAACUACACCCUGCCCCUUCCAAUGCAACCAGACAAGACCAGCACUUUCAAACCUGCAGCAUGCGAGCAGGUCCACAUUGCUGUAGAGGUCUUUCUGAUACUGGGUAUCAUUUCCCUGAUGGAGAACAUCCUUGUCAUCACAGCCAUAGUCAAGAACAAGAACCUCCACUCACCUAUGUAUUUCUUCGUCUGCAGUCUGGCAGUAGCAGACAUGCUGGUUAGUGUGUCCAACGCCUGGGAGACCAUCAUCAUUUACCUCCUCAACAACAGACAGCUGGUGGUGGAGGAUCACUUCAUCCGGCAAAUGGACAAUGUGUUUGACUCCAUGAUUUGCAUCUCUGUUGUGGCGUCAAUGUGUAGCCUGCUGGCCAUCGCUGUGGACAGGUACGUCACUAUCUUCUAUGCACUGAGAUACCACAACAUCAUGACAGUGAGGAGAGCCGGCUGCAUUAUCGGGGGAAUCUGGACCUUCUGCACGGGCUGCGGGAUCGUCUUUAUCGUCUACUCAGACACCACCCCCGUCAUCAUCUGCCUGGUCUCCAUGUUCUUUGCCAUGCUGCUCAUCAUGGCCUCCCUCUACAGCCACAUGUUCAUGCUGGCACGUUCACACGUGAAGCGCAUCGCUGCCCUGCCUGGCUACAACUCCAUCCACCAGCGGGCCAGCAUGAAGGGGGCCAUCACACUCACCAUCCUGCUGGGGAUCUUCAUCGUCUGCUGGGCCCCCUUCUUCCUCCACCUGAUCCUCAUGAUUUCAUGUCCACGCAACCUCUACUGCGUGUGCUUCAUGUCCCACUUCAACAUGUACCUCAUCCUCAUCAUGUGCAACUCUGUGAUUGACCCACUCAUCUAUGCUUUUAGGAGUCAGGAGAUGAGGAAAACUUUUAAGGAGAUUGUCUGUUGUUACAGCCUGAGAAACAUCUGCGAUCUGACAGGUAAGUAUUAA